CCCGAAAACCCAAAAACCCGAAAACCCCGAUCCGAACGCCAACAGGUACCCGAACGCCCAGGUUUAAUCACAACGGAGCCGGCCCGUCAUAUACAAACUGAUACGUUCUAUAUUCAUGUAUAUGUCUAGUAUAACGAUUUUCAAGAUUAUUUUUGAAAAAAUAAAUAAAAAGAUUUUGAAAAAUGACAACAAGCAAGAUAUGAUGAACUUGCAUUGCAUGUGAUGGGAUGGGGAAGCUAAGCCUAUUGAAUUAGGGCCGGUAAUUAGUAGAUAUAAAUAUAUAAUUAGCAUUAAAUAAAUAUUUUUCUCUAUUAACCAAAACAAUAAACUAUAAUCAUUAACUUCUACAAUAAUAUCUCUCUCUCGUAACUUACACAAGACAUCUAAUGAUUUAGACGGCUCACCAUCUCCGAGAAGUAAGCUAAAGCGUUUAUACAUAUAAGCUAAAGCGUUUAUACAUUCCAAAUAAAUAUAUAUACACACGUUUCGUUUUCUUCUUCUAUCACUUGAAAAAAUCGUUACUUUUUAUCAACCCCAUCUCACUCGAAAUGACUGAUCAUAAACAACUACAGAACUGGUCACAGUUUGAUGACUAUGAAUUCAUUCAAGAAGAAAACUUGUUCUCAUUAUUCGAUCACUCACUUUCCUUAGACUACAAUUCGUCCAUUAACAACCCUUUAAGUGAUAUCCAAACCCAAACUUGGUUUUCUGUCCAAGACAUCAUUAAUGUUGAUCCUCUCUCUACUCGUUUCUCGGCUGGUGAUCAUACGUUUAUGGCUUCAGAGGAUCUUGAAGCAAUUUCUACCUUUUCUCAAGAUGUGUUUAGUGGAUCGUGGAAUGAAAUUACUGGUAAUUUCAAUAAUCAUUUUGAACCAAUUAGAGAUGAAAUAUCAAGCAUAGGGAUUCCGAACAUGGAGAUGAUAUUGCAUGAGAGUAACAACACAAUGAAAGAGAUAACAUGCUAUAAGAGGAGAGAGAGAACAGAUGGAGUACUCGUCAAGAGCUUGUCAAGGGAAGAAAUCAAGCCAUACUUCUACAUGCCGAUAACUAAAGCAGCCAAAGAGCUUAACGUUGGAUUAACCCUUUUGAAGAAAAAAAGUCGUGAGUUGGGUAUUUCCCGUUGGCCUCACCGCAAGCUUAUGAGCAUUCAGGGCAUCAUUACUAACCUCCUGGAUCACUUAGGAAAGACGGAGGAUGAAAGGAUCAGGAGUAAGGUGACGAAAGCUCUGAAGAUUUUGGAGAGGGAGAAGAAAAUGAUUGAGGAGGAUCCUAAUUUGGAAUUUGGGGAUGAGACUAAGAGGUUAAGACAGGCUUGCUUUAAAGCUAAUUACAAACGAAGACGGCUUUUGUCUAUUUCUAACACAUCUUUUUUUUUCGGGGAGCAAGAGCUUGCAUGUCUAGAUCAGAGACGUAGAGGAGAAAGAGGUCUAACAAACAAUGACAUGUACUAGUUUCUUUUGACGAUGAUCAAUACUUCUCAUGAAGGUGGUUUUGCUUGUAUAACAGAGUUAAUCCAGUU